GAGCGAGAUCGAGUACGUAUGAAUCAUCGAGCGCGGAAAUAUAAAUUGCGAGAAAAUGAGGGAGUUCCCAAAUCGAUCAAGAAGACCACGUCACGUCAUGCGAUGCACCGUAAUCUUGAAUUUCGAAUUGUGUCACAACGUAUUUUCCCAGCCAGAGCUCAAUACUACUUCACUAGUAAGUGGUCAGCAAUGGGUACCGUACACUUCAUAGCUCUUUCAUUGUUCUUUGUCAGCGCGUACGCGGCCGUGUGUCCCAAAAUCAUAACUAGAAAGGAAUGGGAUGCGCGAGAUCCCGAAACAAUUACCUACGUAGUAUUCCCACUAGACAUGGUGGUAAUUCACCAUACCGCUUCACCUACUUGUGAAACUCGAUCGCAAUGCACCGAGCUCGUGCAAAACAUUCAAAAUUUCCAUUUGGAUAACGCGGAAUUGGGCGACAUUGGCUAUAGCUUCCUUAUCGGCGGAGAUGGAAAUAUUUACGAGGGCAGAGGUUGGCAUAAACAUGGCGCUCACACUUUCGGAUAUAAUGGAAAAUCGGUCGGAAUUGCGUUCAUAGGUGACUUUAGAUCCGUCCUACCCACCGAUAAGGCCAUGCAGGCUGCCAAGGAUCUAUUGGCCUGCGGUGUCGAGUUGGGAGAAAUAACAAAUGAUUACAAGUUGUACGGUGGCAAACAAUUAAUUGCCACUCUUAGUCCUGGCGGUAAACUUUACAGUCGAAUAAGGAAUUGGUCGCACUUUCAAGAGAAGUCCCCCUAGUGCUGAUUGUGUCUUUUCUCAAUAAAAAAAUAAAUUAAGGGUUUUUUUU